AUGUCAGCUACCCAGUCCAACUGGCCUACACCAGCUUGGCCUAGAGGCUUAAAACGUCGCCGGACUGAAGAAAAUGAACCCACAGUUCAAGUUCCGACUGAUCGUGGCACUAAUCAAAUCGAUUUGAGUGACCUGUCCGUGCGAUCUAUUAUCACCGAUAAUAUAGAAAAGUUUUGGCUAUAUCUUUCUGGCCUUAAUCCGUUGGUGUCGGACGAUGACGUACAAAAAAUUGUAUCCCGCUGCCUUAGUGUAACUGAAUCAAUUGAUCUGAAACGGCUCGUACCAAAAGGGAAGGAUAGUGAUGAACGAAAUGAAUAUAAAAUAUGGGUAUACUACCAGAACGUUCGUGGUUUAAGGACCAAAAUCGACGAGCUUUUCCUGGCAGUGUGUGACUGCAACUACGAUAUCAUCAUUCUUACUGAAACCGGGCUCGACGAUCGGAUCAAUUCCCAACAGUUAUUUGGAAAUGCAUUCAACGUUUUCCGCUGCGACCGCAGCUUAGCAAACAGUGUCAAAUCAAAGUUUGGCGGUGUUUUAGUUGCUGUUUCUCAAAAAUAUGCCAGCUCUGUUGUACAAACGGUGAAUGGUCGUUGCCUCGAACAAGUGUGUGUAUGUGCUACCGUGCGGGACCGAAAGAUAUUUCUGUGCGGUGUGUAUAUCCCUUCCGAUAAAAGCCAGCAAGUUGGUGUGAUCGAUGAGCACAUUUCUACUGUUUCGGAGCUGUGCAGCAAAAGUUCCGCAAGUGAUAUUGUUUUUGUGUGCGGUGAUUUCAACCAGCCACGGAUAACGUGGGGUCAUGGAUCAGACGUAGCACAAUCUCCUUCUCUUCUACCCGUUGCCAGUACGACACUGAUAGAUGGUAUGGAUUAUUUGAAUUUAUAUCAAAGGAAUCGCCAUAAGAAUCAUCUCGGACGAACGCUCGAUCUGAUAUUUUGUUCGUUAGAGAGCCAAUUGGUAGUUGAUCGUUGUGUUGCCCCACUACUACCCGUAGACCUUCACCAUCCGCCUUUAGCUGUUUCAUUGCCCGUUGAUUGUGAAAGCGUUUCAUGUGAUACCCAGCUUAUUGUCGAAUCAAUGCCAUUGAACUACCGAAAAAUUGAUUUUACUGCCUUUCAAGCAUAUUUGCAGGAUGUUAAUUGGUCUGUUUUGUAUGAAAUCGAUAACGUGAAUGAGAUGUCUUCACUAUUCUGUGAUAUUUUGUUUCAAUGGCCCAGUUCUAAUCUUCCAUUAGCAAAACGACCCAUUGCUUCUCCUUGGACUACAGCUUACCUACGUAAACUCAAGCGGGAUCGCAAUGCCUGGCAACGCAAACAUCGUCGUUUUCAUAAUGCUGAGACACAAAGAAUGUUCAAACACUCCAGUGAAAGUUAUCGUAAAUUGAACGCGCGGCUAUACAAAGAUUACGUCAUGCGAGUUCAAACUGACUUUCGACGGAAUCCCAAGAAGUUCUGGACAUUUGUCAACUCAAAGCGAAAAUGUUCAUCCAUUCCUCCAAAUGUUUGUCUCGACGGCGUGGAGUCUAACUCAACGGUGGAUUCGUGCGAGCUGUUCGCAACAUUUUUCGCUUCGGUAUUUGCUGGAAAUACUGCUUCCGACGCCGAAGCUGAUGUCGCUGCUAUGGACGUUCCUGAAAAUUUAGUGCGUAUGGAUACUUUUAUAAUUACUCCUGAAAUGAUUCUCGCCGCUGCGAAGAAACUGAAAAAAUCGUAUUCAGCCGGACCCGAUGGAAUACCCGCUGCAGUUUACACUAAUUGUACUGCUGCUUUAGCUGAGCCUCUGUGCAUUAUUUUCAACAAAUCUUUCGAGCAAGGCAUUUUUCCUGAGAUUUGGAAGCAAUCCUUCAUGUUCCCUGUAUUCAAGAGUGGUGACCGUCGUAAUUGCCGGUGGAUGACGAAGAACUACCGCAGGACUUCGUUCGUGCUGGACGACGAAAGUUACUUUUCGCUCUCGAAGACCCACAUUCCAGGAAAUGACAGCUACUAUUCCAGCGACAAGUCGGCUACAUCCCCCGGAGACAGAGAGAUUCCAAAGCCUUGGUUCAAGCCGAGUGGCCAUCAAUCCACAAGUGUAUCAGAAAAGUGUCUUGAGAAAAUUCCUCCGCCGUUCUUGAAGGAACAUCAUGCGGAUGGGAAGUACGUAUUCUGGCAGGACAAGGCAUCUUCCGAUUACGCCAAGAAGACGCUGUAG